AUGGUAUCCUCAGCGGUGACCUCCGGCAUGGCCUCGUCCACUGUAAUCCCUACGCUCGGUUGUUCCAUCGAUUGCUUCGCCCUUUUCUUGGUGUGCUGGGCCUCCUUGUCCCCCUUGGGGUUUGGGGAGGAGGAUUCCGUUGGUGGACGACGCUGUCCCGCGCCAGCGUCUUGCUGCAAAGGCCUUCCCGCGCCUCCUCCUGCCGGCGGCGAGACCUCCGCCGACAUGAGCUUGAAAAACCCUAGCUCGCUCAAAUCCGCUUCCGUAAUCGCCCCCUAG